GUGAGCAUUUCCACCAUAGACAGUUUUAAAAAGACAUCAGAUGACUAUGAAACAGCUCAUAAGGUGCCAUUUGAGAGGAACAGUGAAAGAGUCAAGGCGUUGCGUUACCAGUAUGUCCAGAGAAUCAUGGAGUUAGAAGUACAUGAAACGACCCACAUUCUUGUUUUUGUGGACGAGGCUGGGUUUAAUCUGUCCAAAGGUCAGAGACGUGGUCACAAUCUCAUUGGAAACCAAGCCACAAUUGACACACCAGGCCGACAUGGGGCCAAUAUUACAAUGUGUGCUGCCAUUUCAGAGAACGGUGUGAGCACACAUAUUCCAUACAUUGGGCCCUAUAAUACCCAACUUCUCCUGGCCUUCCUAAAUGCACUUUACAGAGACCUGAUUCCAGAACAAGAAAGAGGUUUAGUUAGACCACAUUUGCCUAAUUAUGUUGUUGUCUGGGAUAACGUCAGCUUCCACCGAACCAACAGUGUUAGGGACUGGUUUGCUGCACAUGAAAGGAUAACAGUGGAAUUCCUUCCACCAUACUCUCCAUUCCUAAAUCCAAUAGAAGAGUUUUUUUCAGCAUGGAGGUGGAAAGUGUAUGAUCAUAGACCACAAAAUCAGAUGUCUUUGUUGGAUGCCAUGAAUGCUGCAUGUGAGGACAUCACAGCUGACCAUUGUAGGGGAUGUGUGCGGCAUUCAGUGAGAUUUUAUCCACGGUGUGUUGCAAUGGAAAACAUCAGAUGUGAUGUGGACGAAAAAUCUUUGGCCUGACCAACAUGAGCGACAAGA